UCUAUCAGAGGGAAACGUGAAGACAUAUUAUAAAGACUCUAUAUAAUAUUGACAAACAUGGAAGAAAUCAAAGGAGUACUUAAAGCAAAGGAUGUUGGUCGUUGUGUGGCAACAAUCUUAGCCAUUGGCACAGCCAAUCCUUUGAGCUGUGUGAACCAAGAUGAAUUCUUACAUAGUUAUUUCAAACUCACCAACAAUCACAACAACACAUCGUUCAAAGAGCUCUUCACCCGCAUUUGUGCAGCUGAUAUGCCAGGAGCUGACUACAAGCUCGUCAAGUCUCUCGGCCUCAACAGAUCCAUCAAGCGAAUCAUGCUCUACAAUCUAGGCUGCUUUGCUGGUGGCACUGUCCUCCGCAUAGCCAAGGACCUCGUGGAAAAUAAUCACGGGGCUUCUGUUCUCGCUGUUUGCGCUGAAAUAACAUCUAUGGACGCGACCUUUGGCCGCUUAUCUAAGGACGACAAGGGGCGCCUUGUGGGCCAUGCGAUAUUCGGGGACGGUGCAGCUGCUCUUGUUAUUGGUAAUGCUGAUGAUCAUGAAAACAAAGGGUUGUUUCAAAUCGUUUCGACAUCUCAAACUAUUCUUGCUGACUCAGAAGGUUGUAUUGAAGGACAUAUAAGAGAAGAUGGUGUUACUUUUACUUUAUCUCCACGAGUUCCAAAAUUGAUUGGUGACAAUAUUGAGAUGUGUUUGGUGGAGGCUUUUACUCCAUUUAAGAUUAGUGAUUGGAACUCGUUAUUCUGGGUGGCGCAUCCUGGUGGCGCGGCCAUUCUUAGAGAGGUCGAGUCGAGAGUGGGGCUGGAACAGGAGAAGCUGAGGGCUUCAUGGCAUGUGUUGAGGGAGUAUGGGAACAUGUCAAGUGCAUCAGUGUUUUUUAUAUUGGAUGAGAUGAGGAACAAGUCUUUGGAGGAGGGAAGGAAAACCACUGGUGAGGGGAAGAAUUGGGGUGUUUUGUUUGGGUUUGGUCCAGGUCUAACUGUUGAGACUGUGGUGCUUCAUAGUAUUCCCAUAUAGGUUUUUUAAUAUAUUUUUAAAUAUCAAAAUGAAAACAUACUACAUCAUGUUUAUUCAUAUUAUACAUUUGUAUUUGUAGAUAUGUGUAUUUAUUAUAUUAUAUAUAUUUAAAAUGAAUAAAAUAUAUUAAAAUUUGAAAAAUAA